AUGGCGACGGCGACGGCUACGAGCAACAGCCAUCCGCGCCCUUUUGCCGACCACAUCUAUCAGCCCGUAGCAAGUCCUGAGCAUACCUCAGAGGCACCUCCCACGAUGAAUCAAGGGCACAUGACAAAAGUGCAGGCGCUGACACCGCUUAGCGUCCUCGUCACCCUGGCGGCCUUGACCGUGUGCGCAGUCGCCAUCAGUCCUGGCUUAGGCCAAGUCUCGCAGGAACAUGGCACCUACCUGACGCCCAACGCAUCGCUUGUCCUCUUCUUCUGGGCUAUCAUGUUCUUGCUCCAGGUCGGCUUCGCUCUGCUUGUUGUCCUGAGCCAGAAGGAGUUCACCAAGCGUACGAUCGUCAAUGGCGUCGGAUUGCGAUUAGCGUUUUCCAACCUGCUCCUGGCGGCCUGGGCAGUCACAUGGGUGCUCAACAAGCACGUCUCGCACCUCAUCGGUCUUGUGCUGCUUUCGCUGUGCGGGCUCUUACUUCUCAUCACAGUGCUCUUGCUCCAGAUCCGAUAUCCACCCUCGCUCUCUCGUCCUCUCGAUUGGCUCUUCAUCCACGUCCCCAUCAAAAUGUUCCUCGUGACCAUUAUCCAGCUCGACAUUCCCCAGCAGACAUUUGUUGCGCUAGGCUGGGACGUGUCUGAGGGCGGGAAGGCCGCUUUUGAGAAUCUUCACAAGGCUUUGUGGCCAAGCUUUGCCGUGCUGUGCAGCAUGGGUGCCCUGAGCGCUAUUUGGAUCUUUGCGACGAUGGACGUCACAUGGGCCGCCGCAGGCAUUUAUCUCCACCUUGCCCUUCUCUACGGCGACUCGAAGCGCGGUAUCGGUGGACUCGGCGAGAGGAGGCCACCCGAGAUCACGGCAGCCAUCGUCCUUGCUAUUGGUCUCCAGGCUGUGGCAAUCUUGGGCAGCAUCGUGCAGAAGAGCAUCAGCCAAACGCAGCAGCAGGAGCAGGAGGACAGGCUCCUCGAAGAAGGCGAGCCGGCUUCGGAAGAAGGGAGAAUCGCGUUGGGCAGAGACCCCCAAGAGGAAGAGGCCGCCGCCAGGUACGAGCAAGAACACGAUGCAGACGCUUCGCACGACGAAAACGGACAUGGUGAUCACCGUGUCACACGCAAACUUGGCUCUUCCUCGGGUCACUAAUAAA